GAUCACCCAGAGGUGGUGGAGACAAUUUGGAGCCUUUUCGGCAGGGCCGAGGUGGACCUCUUUGCCUCAGAAGAGUCGAGGCACUGCCCCCUCUGGUUCUCCUGGACGGAGGUGACCAGCCCGUUGGGUCAGGAUGCCCUGGCGCACGACUGGCCGGACACUCUCCUGUAUGCCUUCCCGCCGCUGCCUCUGAUACUGCAGACGCUUCAGAGGGUCCUUACUCAGGGGCACAGGCUCCUUCUGGUCGCCCCCCGCUGGCCGGGGAGAGUCUGGUUCCCACUGCUGCGCAGUCUCUGCUGCAGCCCACCUUGGCGUCUCCCCGACAGGAAGGACCUUCUGUCACAGCUCAAGGGUCAGAUCUGGCGUCCCGACUCUCACCGCCUUCAGCUCUGGGUUUGGCCUCUGCAGGGCCCAACCCACUGUUGAGCGGCGUCACGGCAUCAGUCAGGGAAACUAUCCUGAAUGCCAGAGCUCCAUCCACUCGGGCACAAUAUGAGUGCAAAUGGAAGCUCUUCUCCCACUGGUGUGUGAGUAAGGCUGAGAAUCCGGGGCAUUGCUCCGUGGCCACCAUUUUGGAGUUCCUGCAGUCCCUUCUGGAGAGUGGACGUUCUCACUCCACUUUGAAGGUGUAUAUGGCUGCGAUCUCUGCCCGACAUGUCGGAGUCGAUGGCGCCACAGUGGGGUGCCACAGGUUGGUGUCCCUCUUUCUAAGAGGGGCUCUACGGCAGCGUCCCCCUAGCACCCCAAGGGCCCCGGCUUGGGACCUGCCCCUAGUGCUGAAUGCCCUAUCAUCUCCUCCCUUCGAGCCCCUGGCCCAGGUCGGGCUUAAGUGGCUGUCCCUGAAGGCAGCAUUUCUGCUUGCCGUAACCUCAGGGAAGCGAGUCGGAGAGCUUCAUGCCCUCUCCGUAAGCAGUACAUGCCUGAGGUGGAACUCCGAUGACUCGGGCGUUACCCUCUGGCCGAAUGUGGCGUUCCUGCCCAAGGUGCUUCCACUAGCCCACUCCAAUCGGCCUAUCCAGCUGGCACGCUUUAACAUUCCACAGGAGAGCGGCACACCUGAGUUGCUGUGCCCUGUGCGUGCCCUGAGGGCGUAUAUUGAUGCUACAGCCGGUAUACGGCAGUCAGAGCAGCUCUUCGUUUGCCAUGGCGGCACUAAGAAGGGUCGUGCUCUCUCUAAGCAACGGCUGUCCCACUGGGUGGUUGAUACCAUCACACAUGCCUAUGGGGCCAGUGGCCGCCCCCUGCCAUCAGGGGUGAGAUGCCACUCUACAAGAAGCAUCUCAACAUCGUGGGCUGCCCUAAGAAGGGUGCCCCUGGAGACCAUCUGUGCCGCGGCAUCAUGGGCGUCUUCUGGCACAUUCUCCAGGUUCUACCGAGUCAAUGUCGCCACUCCUCACCCUCUGGGUGUGGUCCUGUUGCCAAGCUCCGCUGCUUCCAGCUAGGUGGAGAAGAGUGCAGAUGCUUGGGAGGAAGGAGGCAGUACCUCCUUAGAAGCUGACAGUAUGCAGCUGCGGCCUCUCAUUGGCACAGUCACAUCAUUUGAUGGAGAUGGUGGCUACAUAAACCAGACCACAUACUUCCCACGCAGCAGCUUAUGGGAAGGUUAUGAGCCAAUGAAAGGAGACUGGGUCCAAGCUAAAUAUUUUGUCAAUCCUACCCAAUGGACCACCCAGGCUAAUUCUGUGGCCCCUUUACGCUACAGCCGCCUAGACCAGGUGCGUGUGACCAGCGCUUAUGGUAAAAAUGGAGUGGUGGAGGACAGUGUGUUCUACAACCUGGACUCUCUGCUGCUGCCUGCCCACUACCAGCCAUUGCCAGGACAUCUGGUCAACCUAGUGAUGGUGGAGAGCAGUCAGUCCUUAUACAGUUGGAGGGCCCUGUGCAUGGCACCCUGCCAGAGUGAGAAUAUUUCCAUUACACGUCUCCCAGGGACUGAACUCCAGAGUCUUGUGGAAAACAAAGGGGGGCUGCAUGUAUCGGACUAUGGCCAGUUUGGGGAUCUGAUGAUUGGCGAGAAGCGAGAGAUGGUGUUUUGGAUACAAAAUAAAGGUUCAGAGACCCACACACUGAAGUUCUGUGACAUCGCUGGCUGGGACUCAGAGGGACAGUUCCUCCUGGUUUCUGUCAAAGACUUCAAACCACUGAGACAGAAACAACAGCCUUUGCGAGAAAACGGCGAAGAGUCUCAAAACUGCUCACAGUCUUCAGAAAAACAAGGUGGUUAUGCAAAGGAGGUAAAGAAAGAAAAUGACGAGGUGCUGAAGGAGACUAUCCAUUCCCCUGGUGUAAAGAGAGAGGACAGAAAUGUGGAUAUUUCACCAGGAGAGAGGCUGCCUAUUGUCUUAGCAUGCCAAGCAAAGAGCCUGGGAAGCUGUGCUGAGAUGCUGUUGCUGCACUUCUCCUCUUUCACCAUCGGGAGGCGCCUGAAGGUCACAGUGGGGAGUAAAGAGGAGACCCUGCUGCAGCCCUCAGUGCCCUACACUCCUAGAGAAGCAACUCAGGCCUCCUCCACAGUGCCUGCUCAAGUGAUAACUAUCGCUGCUCCAAAAGACGCACCAAGGACUACGAAGCGACGCCUGCCAAACUUCCUACCCAACUACCCGCUGCCCCAGGCUCUCAGAGACUGUGUGGAUGCUCAGAGGGACGUGCUGGUGGUUCAGCCCUGCUUAGGAGAGGUUCUCUCACCAUCCAACAUGCGUCUGCGUUUCUCCGUCCUUCUCUGGCUGGACGAGCUGCAUGCAGAGAGGGAAAUUAAAGAACAAACAAUCCACGGGGCCCUCCUCAAGAAAGGAGCGGUCUACCUGCACCUAGAGGUGCUUGGGUUGUCCGAAGGCAGACCCAAUCUCAAUAUAGGGGACAGAAUAUUACUGAAGAAACCACAGAGUGACGGAGUGGUGAUGGAGUAUGUUGGUUAUGUAACAGAGAUCAAUGAAGAGACUGUGAGUUUGAGAGUGAACUCGGAGUUUCAGCGUAGCUACCUCGGGGAGCCACUCGAUGUUGAGUUCUCUUACAACAGAUUGCCUACGAGACGGUGUCACUACGCACUUGAACACACAAAGCAGUUUUGGAAUAUUCUCUUCCCCUCUAAAGUGACUGUUCAGACCCAUCAGUGGACAGGGAAGUGGAGCGAUGAGACGGAGCAAAACAAAGCAACGGGCAAUGAGAUUCCAACCAAGGAAAAUGGAAAGGUUUCCAUGGACAUGCAGUCAAAGGCCACGCAGACUAAAGGAGGAACACUGUCAUCCAAGCCCAUCCCCAGUGUAGGGCACUUCUUUAACCCGGACCUGAACCCCCCUCAGAGAGAGGCGGUGAAGAGGAUCCUGGAAGGGGAGUGUCGGCCCAUUCCUUAUGUGCUGUUUGGACCUCCGGGCACGGGAAAGACCAUCACCAUCAUAGAAGCCAUACUACAGGUUUACCACUUUCUGCCCAGCAGUCGUGUUCUCGUGUGCACUCCCUCCAACAGCGCUGCUGACCUCAUCUGCACCCGCCUUCAUCAUAGUGGCUUCCUGCAUGCUGCGAGUUUGGCCCGUGUCAACGCAUCUUCAAGGCAGGAGGAGUCCAUCCCAGAAGCUCUGAGAGCGUACUCAAAGGCAGGAGAGGAUAUCCGCCAUGCCUCUUUCCACAAGAUUGUGGUCAGCACUUGCUCCAGCUCUGGCAUGUUCCAUAAUAUAGGAAUACAAGUGGGACAUUUUACCCACGUCUUCCUGGAUGAAGCCGGCCAGGCCACAGAACCUGAGUCCCUGAUCCCCAUGAGUUAUCUGUCGGAGAGAGAUGGACAGGUAGUGUUGGCUGGAGACCCCUGCCAGCUGGGUCCAGUAGUGAAGUCAAAGCUGGCCACUGCAUUUGGCCUGGGGGUGUCUUUGAUGGAGAGGCUGAUGGCUAACCCGCUGUACGCCAGACAUGACUGGGGCUACAACCCUAAACUGGUGACUAAGCUGAUCUUCAACUACCGUUCCCAUGAGGCCUUGCUCACGCUGCCCUCCAAGCUCUUCUACAAGGGCGAGCUGUGUUUUAAAGCACAGAGGGACGUAGUAGACUCUCUCUGCCAGUGGAAAACCCUGCCCAAAAAAGAAUUCCCUCUCCUCUUUCAUGGAGUUAGAGGUACAGAGAUGAGGGAAGGCAACAACCCGUCAUGGUUCAACCCAAUGGAGGCGGUGCAGGUCAUGCUCUAUUGCUGCCAGCUGGCCAAGAAGCUCUACAACCCUGUGGAUGUCUCGAACAUCGGCAUCAUCGCCCCCUACAGGAAACAAUGUGAGAAGAUCAGAGUGCUGCUGGGUAAGGUCGGCCUGUCUGAUAUCAAAGUGGGCUCUGUGGAGGAGUUCCAAGGACAAGAGUUCCUGGUCAUCAUCAUGUCUACGGUGCGCUCUAAUGAAUCCUUACUGAGUGAUGAUUUGCAGAGUGCUCUCGGCUUUCUGACCAACCCCAAACGCUUCAACGUGGCCAUCACUCGCCCCAAAGCCCUGCUCGUAAUUGUUGGGAACCCCCACAUCCUCAUCAUGGACCAUUGCUUCAGAGCUCUACUGCAGUACAGUUUCAUCAACGGGGCAUAUCUGGGUUGUGACCCCCCUCCCUCCCUCAGAGAGUCUCAGAUAGUUGCAGAAGAGCAAAGGAUUGCAUAAGAGGACAACGUAAUCAUGGACGGUGUACCUCAGCUACAACUUGACUGUCUUAGCGUGUUCGAAGACUUUAUUUUUGUUUUACCCUUCAAUUUACCUUGGCUUGUCUCUCUUUUGACUGUUUGUGAUCAGUGUAAACUGAUUUGGUUUGGAAAGAGGAAUUUCUUGUUUCUGUGAAAGCCAAAUGCGGUUCUAAUCAGGGGGUAGAAAUAAAGAUGAUGCUUGUCUACACUGCACAAUU